AUGGAAGAUAAUAAACCUGUAGACGAUAGCAACAUUAGUCAUUCUUCUCAACAUAGUGGUAAAUCCGUAAUAUUAGCGGAAAGUGAACAUAAUGGUAUAAAAUCUUAUGAUAAUGUUAAUGACAUGGAUGAAUUCGUUCAAAACUAUAGUAACAACCUAGGACCAUUCUUAUUGUCAAGUAAUAACAUAAAUCCUUACAAUGAAAGAAAAUAUAUAGAAUUAAGAAAGAGGGAAAUUAUAAGUAAUAUAAAUAAAAUAAAAAUACCUCCAAACUGUUUUGGAGACAUACAAGUAGAUAAUAUAUUAUACCCGUUACUAUGUCAUUUAACAUGGCUGAAGGAGAUGAUAAUCCCACGAGAAGAUGGCACAUUUGUUGAAAAUUGGAUUAAUGGAGCAGUAGAAUUUCAGGCAAAAUGUGAAGAGGCAUUCUUGCAUCUUGUGAAGAGGGAACACAUUGAUCAUGUAUUACCAUUAAUUCCAAAGCAACUUCAAUAUACUUCUAAUAAAUUGAGAAACUCAAACAGAAUGGAUAACAUAGAAUUUGAAAAUUUCAAAUAUUUUUAUGGCAUAAUCGCCCUAGGGUUUUUGGCAAAGCUAAAGUUACUUUCGCUUUAUUUAAGCAUUACAUCAACGGACAAUGAAGAUUAUUCUCAAAAAUUUAAAUCCAUGCAAAAGCGACAUGAUCCGAAUAUUAUUGGUGGAUAUCCAAUAUUCGACUAUGAAAAUACUAGAUAUGAAGCAAGCGACCUCCCACUAAUUACAUCUUAUGGAGAAACAUGUGGUGACUUUUUUCGUGAUUAUGACUACAAUAAGAAUGGUACUAGCGGAAUAAGUAGUCCAUCACAUGUGUUAACACCGCCCUCGUCUGGAGUAUCUUAUAACCAAAUAUCAUUUAACCCAUACGACUUUUUGUCCAUUCCUAUACCAAGUUUCCAAAACUACAAACCUUCGGAAAUGCAGAUUUAUCCAGAUAAUUACAAUGUACCAAAAGUAGGAGUUACAGAUUAUCCGCAUGCGGGAAAUGAGGAUGAAGAUACGGAGAAUACAAAAUAUAAAAAGCGAGGUAGACCAAAAGGUAGCAAAAAUAAUAAGUUUAACAAUUAA